AUGUGCACGAUUCCGCAUGUGUUGCACCAAAGUGCGCGGCCGAUCCGGCCCAGCGAGUUCGCCGAGGUCAUCCAGGCGCUCUGCCGGCCUCGGAUGCAAACGGCGCGCUCCAAUACGCCCAUACCCGUAUCCCUAGCCAUCAGCGGAGGUGUCGACUCCAUGGCCAUGGCAUGGUUAUGCUCCGAGGUUCGCCGUCUCGACCGAUUCAUACGCGUGGCCGACCACCGGGUGCUUCGCUUCAUGCCCAUAAUUGUCGACCACGACUACCGCAGACACAGCCACCACGAAGCCAAGACGGUCGCCGACUAUCUGCGCCAGAACUUGAAUAUGAGGCCGAUCAUGGCAAAGAUUAUGUGGGACAAGCUUGAUAGGGAUCGCAUGCUCAAUCAUGGUGAGCCUUCUGGCAUGAGCAAGGGCGCUUCGCGAGACGACAGCAGGCUGAAGUCUAUCCGUCCGCAGGACAUAACAAACUUCGAGACGGUGGCGCGAGAGCAACGCUACCGCAUUUUUGCCCAGCAGAUGUUGCGUGAACGUUCCAUGUCGCUUUUCUUGGCCCACCACGAGGACGAUCAGUAUGAAUGGUUGCUGAUGCGUCUCAUGGACGGUCACGGCCCGCGCGGCCUAGUCGGAAUCCCGGCCGCCAACCAGCUUCCGCACACCCAAGACAUUCACGGCUCGUACGAGAGUGGUUUUAUAGACGACCAGAAGUUCCGUAAUCCGCUUUACAGGAUAAAUCCUAGCGCAGAUGAGAGCAAGGCGAUCCGGACCGCCUUGAGGGAGCAGAUAACUUAUGAGCUCCGUAGUUCAUCUCCUUCCAACCCUGAGACGGGCUCUGCCGUACGCGACUACCUCUAUUCUCUUACUGGCGCUGAGAACGGCCCCAAAAGAGGAGUCCCUGAGUUGGAACCGUGCCAGGUAGAGGACGGGGGUACCAUGCUGUAUCGGCCGAUGCUCGAAUUCUCCAAAGACCGCAUCAUUGCGACGUGCGUGGAGAAUGGUGUCCCAUGGUUUGAGGAUAGUACAAACAAGGAUGUGACACUCACACCGCGAAAUGCUAUCCGUCACAUGGUCAAGCACCACACUAUGCCCGUUGCGCUGCAAAAGCCAGCCGUUCUGGCCAUGUCCCACCGCAUUAGGCGUCGAUUGGAGCUACAGAAUCAAGAGGCAGACCGGAUUUUUAACCGGCUAGUUCUCUACGAGUUCCACCCCAAUGUCGGGUCCAUCAUGGUUGAAUUUCCCAACCUCCGCCGCCCCGGUCCGCGCCGGAAGCACUCCAUAUACACGGCCCGCUGGCGUCAAGUCGCCCUAGAGAACAAGACGAUAGCCGCGGCCCAAGCCUUCCGCCGCCUCCUGCGUAUCGUCUCCCCACAGUCCGCCUUGCCGACUGCAGAGGACUUGCAGCCCUUUGUGGGUCGAGUCCUCCCUUCUCUCGCCGAGACAACCACCGGGGAGGGACCGACCAGUCCUCCCAAAUCAUUCGUCAUCAGCGGAGUGCACUGCGUCCCCAUCCACCCUAAACCCAAAGACCCGAAUCAGAGAUUGAGGUGGCAGCUUGCCCGGGCGCCUCAUAACUCUCCAGCCCGCGAACCCCUCCCCUCGGUUCUGUUCCGCAGCCGCGUAUCGGCUUGGGACUACCCCGACAAGAGGCAAUGGUGGUGCUCUCCCGAGACGAUCCACGGCAGCCCGGGCGCCGUCUCGCGCCGCUACCGCUUCCUCCCCUACGACGGCGGCCGCUUCUGGGUCUCGGUCCGCCACCGCCUGCCCAUCGACGUGCACAUCGGGCCCCUCGCCCUGCCGUACCUCCGGCGCUUCCGCGACGCCCUACCCGACGACGCCUCCCGCCGCCGCCUCGACGACCUGCUCAAGCGCUACGCCGGCAACAAGGUCCGCUGGACCCUCCCGGCCGUCUACGUCUCCGGACCCAUCUCCUGGGUCCAGGAUCCCGACCUGCAGGAGCACCCUUACACGCGGCCGAGCCGCGCGCGACAGGAAGAAAUCAUGCGCUCGAUCCAGUCCUCCCGCGACGAGAAGCACAUCAUCUCGCUCCCGACCAUGGACAUGUGCCUGCCCGGCCUCGACUACUGGCUGCGGUACGAGUUCCGCUUCCGCAAGGUCGAUCGCGCCGUGCCCCGAAGUCUGGAGCGCACGAGGAUCAACACCAUGCUGGCCGUCGUCGGAUUCGGGCACAAGCAGGGCACGCGCGCCGGCAAGAGGCGCACGGGGGUCGCCAGCCCGAGAAGGAAGGAUACGGUGACGAGGGCAAGGAAGGCGCCGAUCGUCAGGGGCGUUGCUGCGCCUGGGAGGGCGGCGGCGAAAGGGAGGUUAGCCCACGUGGGCACGACAUAG